AUGUUCAUCCCUUCAAAGUCACUUCCUCAUUUUCUCCCAAAGGCCUCCCACCCUUCUAUCAGAUUGAUAAGUUCCUCGCCUGUGAAGAACAGUCUCAAUACUUUGGCUGAUGUUCCUGUUUCGAAGUUCAAUUCUUCUGAUCCGAUACCAAUUGCUACUGAUGCGAUCGAAAAAUCGAGAAGAACAAGGGAUUUUUCAAGAAAACUAAAUGAUGGCCCAUCAUUUGAUGAUUUUUUAAAGGGAACUGCUUCUUCCUUUUAUUUGGAUCCUAUAGAGAAAGCAAGGGCUUUGAAUUUAUCUGAAAAUGUCAAUAAGUUAAAUAAGCUUCCUAAAUGGUUAAAGGUGCCCAUUCCAAAAGGCAAAAACUUUACCAAAGUUAAGAACGAUAUUAAAGAAUUAAAACUAUCAACUGUUUGUGUUGAGGCCAAAUGUCCCAACAUAGGUGAAUGUUGGGGUGGUGGCUCUUCCAAAACGAGCACUGCAACAAUAAUGCUUAUGGGGGAUACAUGUACCAGAGGUUGUAGAUUUUGUUCCGUUAAGACUAAUAGAGCUCCAAGUUCUUUGGAUCAAAACGAACCUGAUAACGUUAGUGAGGCAAUCUCCAGAUGGGGACUUGGUUAUGUUGUUUUAACUACUGUUGAUAGAGAUGAUUUGCCCGAUGGAGGUGCUUCCCACUUGAUUAAAACUAUUCAAUUAACUAAACAGAGAUCACUAAUAAAAAACAAUAAAGAAAUUCUUAUUGAAUGUCUUAGUGGAGACUUUCAAGGAGAUUUGCUUCAAGUCCAAAAAAUGGCGCUAUCAGGUUUGGAUGUGUACUCCCACAACUUAGAAACUGUUGAAGAACUCACUCCCUUUGUCAGAGACAGAAGAGCAACAUAUAGGCAAUCCUUAUCGGUACUAAAUCAUGCUAAAUCAUCAAAUCCAAACAUUAUAACAAAAACAUCUUUAAUGUUGGGUUUGGGUGAGUCUGAUGCUCAAAUUAGGCAAACUUUAUCCGAUUUGAAGGACAUCAAAUGUGAUAUUGUUACUUUUGGUCAAUAUAUGAGACCAACAAAAAGACACAUGAAAGUUGUUGAUUAUAUAAAACCUGAAAAAUUUGAAUACUGGAAAACAGUUGCUGAAGAUGAAUAUGGCUUUCUAUUAUGUUCUUCUGGUCCCUUAGUUAGAAGUAGUUAUAGAGCUGGUGAAUUUUUUAUUGAAAAUGUAUUAAGAAAAAGAAAAUUGGAAUCUAAUUCAAGAUUUAAUUCCCAUAAUUUAUCUAAUAAACUAUAA